AUGUCAAUAACACUAACAUUGAGCUCUAUCUCAUCUGAGCUCUCAGCUAAUUAUUUUCCUCCAAUUGUUUUGGAUGGUGAAUAUGAGUGUGCUCUAACUGAUUUCCAUUCAUACAACAGUAUUCCAAAUGUAGACAUCUAUAAUAAUAAGUUUCAUAUUGGUGAACAUGUAAUUGAAAUUCCAAUUGGAUCCUAUGAAUUGAAUGAUAUUGUAGAUUAUAUUAAAGAACAAUACAAACGAUAUAAUCCUAAAAAUAAAAUUGAUAUUGAGGCUAAUAAUAAUACAAUGCAAAUAUUAUUAGGAUUCGCUGAAGAUUAUAAUAAAAUAAUAUUAAAUGGUAAACAUGAGCUGAUUCUGUUACGUAAUAAGAAUGAUGCAGAUCUAGUAUAUUCAAGUGUUUCCACAGAAAAAGGAAAAAUGACGAUAUCAAACAUCUCAUGGAGAAUUCCACAUGUACAAUUAUCUGAUUUUAGUAAAUUGAAUAUUAUUAAAACAAUAAACAGUGGUGCCUCUAUACCAAUCGCAUUUCGUAGCUGGGAUUGUCAUAUUAAUCCACUACUCAACAUUGGAACCAAUCAUAUCUGGAAUGUUAAACUAGCUGCAAAUAGAGAGCGCCCUCGCUUUGUAUUGGUUGCUUUUCAAAAUGAUGAUAAAUUUGUUCAUUGUGAUCUAACUAAUAUGAAAGUGCAUUUAAAUUCAGAAUCAUAUCCAUAUGACGAUCUGAAUGUAAAAUUUAAAAAUGAACGCUUUGCAAUUCUGUAUGAUAUGUAUCUAAGAUUUCAACAAAACUACUACAUGAAAGAUCCUCAACCACUACUAACAUCUCAAGAGUUUAAAAAUAAAGCACCGAUAAUUGUAAUAGAUGUCAGUCACCAAAAUGAAUCUAUCAGCAGUGGACCUAUUGAUAUAAAAAUUGAAUUUGAAACAUCUACAAAUAUUCCAGCAAACACAUCAGCAUACUGUAUUCUCAUUCACGAUCGUAUAAUUGAAUACAUACCUUUGAAAGGACAAGUUCGAAAAGUCUUAUAA